CUAGAAGCCUCAAUCGACAAGGCUCUUGCUGAAUGGAAUAUUGCACACAUCCCUAUGUCUACUGAUAGUAGCGAGGUCAGUUCCAUGCUCACCAAAACCAGCCUUGAAGAGUUUGAGCCAGCUCUUCGCCGUAACACAGGAGGUGUGGUACCUUGGUCACCACCUCAACCGAACUGGAACCCCUGGACAAAUUGUAACAUCGAUGAGGGACCAUUGGCUAUGGCCACAAUGGAGGAGAUCAGUCAAGAUUUGUACAACAACUUUGAACAACAUAAGUCAUCUGAUGAAAACCUCCACCAU